UACGUGUUUAAACCUGAUGGAUUAUUCUGCUUAGAGAACAAAAUAAAAUAAUAUAUAUCGAUCGUCAGCUUAAACAUAGUAGUUACUAUGAUAAUAUUAUGCGAAUGCAACGAUGCAAAGUCAACAGUGUUUUAAAAAAUCUAGUUUACAUGAUAUGAAAAAUCAGUCUAUUUGUAGAAGAAUUUCCACAUUAAACGAAUAAGAACAAUUGCAAAAACCCGAAACGGUAUGCAUGUGUGUAAAGACAAAACUCAUCCUAAUAGGAAAAUUCGAAAUGCUCAUCUCAUACUGAUUGCACAUUCUUUAAUGGUGACACUAUCCAAGUUUCGAGAAAACGGAGAAUGUAUAUUCUUGAAGAUGUUGGCCAUUACGAGCACGCUUCAUGAUAAUUUGAACGCAACUCACGAGGUGAAAAUUUUCUGCGUGUCACUCUGUCAACUGCUACGAGGUGGAUGCCUCUGCCACGAUGAAGACAAUAGCGCCAAUUAUUUUCAUUCAGUUACUGUGCCUGGGACUUAUAAUUGGAGACACCACCACGUCAUCCGUUAGUGCAACUGAAUCUACAACAGUUGUGUCAACCGAAGCAACAGAUACAACGACAAAUGCGGAAACUGAGACUACUGCAGCUUCAACGACAACGACAACUGAGACUACAACAACAACCGACAGUGAAACGGAAUCGACAACCUCUGCAUCGACUGAUACAACGACAACUACUGAAACUGAGACUACAGUAGCUUCAACAGCAACGACAACUGAGGCUACAACAACAACCGACAGUGAAACGGAAUCGACAACCUCUACAUCGACUGACACAACGACAACUACUGAAACUGAGACUACUGCAGCUUCAACUGCAACGACAACUGAGGCUACAACAACAACCGAGAGUGAAACGGAAUCGACAACCUCUACAUCGACUGACACAACGACAACUACUGAAACUGAGACUACAGUAGCUUCAACAGCAACGACAACUGAGGCUACAACAACAACCGACAGUGAAACGGAAUCGACAACCUCUACAUCGACUGACACAACGACAACUACUGAAACUGAGACUACUGCAGCUUCAACUGCAACGACAACUGAGGCUACAACAACAACCGAGAGUGAAACGGAAUCGACAACCUCUACAUCGACUGACACAACGACAACUACUGAAACUGAGACUACUGCAGCUUCAACUGCAACGACAACUGAGGCUACAACAACAACCGACAGUGAAACGGAAUCCACAACCUCUACAUCGACUGACACAACGACAACUACUGAAACUGAGACUACUGCAGCUUCAACUGCAACGACAACUGAGGCUACAACAACAACCGACAGUGAAACGGAAUCGACAACCUCUACAUCGACUGACACAACGACAACUACUGAAACUGAGACUACUGCAGCUUCAACUGCAACGACAACUGAGGCUACAACAACAACCGACAGUGAAACGGAAUCGACAACCUCUACAUCGACUGACACAACGACAACUACUGAAACUGAGACUACAGUAGCUUCAACAGCAACGACAACUGAGGCUACAACAACAACCGACAGUGAAACGGAAUCGACAACCUCUACAUCGACUGACACAACGACAACUACUGAAACUGAGACUACUGCAGCUUCAACUGCAACGACAACUGAGGCUACAACAACAACCGAGAGUGAAACGGAAUCGACAACCUCUACAUCGACUGACACAACGACAACUACUGAAACUGAGACUACUGCAGCUUCAACUGCAACGACAACUGAGGCUACAACAACAACCGACAGUGAAACGGAAUCCACAACCUCUACAUCGACUGACACAACGACAACUACUGAAACUGAGACUACUGCAGCUUCAACUGCAACGACAACUGAGGCUACAACAACAACCGACAGUGAAACGGAAUCCACAACCUCUACAUCGACUGACACAACGACAACUACUGAAACUGAGACUACAGUAGCUUCAACAGCAACGACAACUGAGGCUACAACAACAACCGACAGUGAAACGGAAUCGACAACCUCUACAUCGACUGAUACAACGACAACUACUGAAACUGAGACUACUGCAGCUUCAACUGCAACGACAACUGAGGCUACAACAACAACCGACAGUGAAACGGAAUCGACAACCUCUACAUCGACUGACACAACGACAACUACUGAAACUGAGACUACUGCAGCUUCAACUGCAACGACAACUGAGGCUACAACAACAACCGACAGUGAAACGGAAUCCACAACCUCUACAUCGGCUGACACAACGACAACUACUGAAACUGAGACUACAGUAGCUUCAACAGCAACGACAACUGAGGCUACAACAACAACCGACAGUGAAACGGAAUCGACAACCUCUACAUCGACUGAUACAACGACAACUACUGAAACUGAGACUACUGCAGCUUCAACUGCAACGACAACUGAGGCUACAACAAUAACCGACAGUGAAACGGAAUCGACAACCUCUACAUCGACUGACACAACGACAACUACUGAAACUGAGACUACUGCAGCUUCAACUGCAACGACAACUGAGGCUACAACAACAACCGACAGUGAAACGGAAUCCACAACCUCUACAUCGACUGACACAACGACAACUACUGAAACUGAGACUACAGUAGCUUCAACAGCAACGACAACUGAGGCUACAACAACAACCGACAGUGAAACGGAAUCGACAACCUCUACAUCGACUGAUACAACGACAACUACUGAAACUGAGACUACUGCAGCUUCAACUGCAACGACAACUGAGGCUACAACAACAACCGACAGUGAAACGGAAUCGACAACCUCUACAUCGACUGAUACAACGACAACUACUGAAACUGAGACUACUGCAGCUGCAACGGCAACGACAACUGAGACUACAACAUCAACCGAUAGUGAAACGGAAUCGACAACCUCUGCAUCGACUGAUACAACGACAACUACUGAAACUGAGACUACGGCAGUUUCAACUGCAACGACAACUGAAACUACAACAUCAACCGAUAGUGAAACGGAAUCAACAACCUCUGCAUCGACUGAUACAACGACAACUACUGAAACUGAGACUACAGUAGCUUCAACAGCAACGAGAACUGAGACUACAACAUCAACCGAGAGUGAAACUGCAUCGACAACCUCUGCAUCGACUGAUACAACGACAACUACUGAAACUGAGACUACAGUCGCUUCAACAGCAACGACAACUGAGACUACAACAUCAACCGAUAGUGAAACGGAAUCGACAACCUCUGCAUCGACUGAUACAACGACAACUACUGAAACUGAGACUACUGUAGCUUCAACUGCAACGACAACUGAGACUACAACAUCAACCGAUAGUGAAACGGAAUCGACAACCUCUGCAUCGACUGAUACAACGACAACUACUGAAACUGAGACUACUGCAGCUUCAACUGCAACGACAACUGAGACUACAACAUCAACCGACAGUGAAACGGAAUCGACAACCUCUACAUCGACUGAUACUACGACAACUACUGAAACUGAGACUACUGCAGCUUCAACGGCGACGACAACUGAGACUACAACAUCAACCGAGAGUGAAACUGCAUCGACAACCUCUGCAUCGACUGAUACAACGACAACUACUGAAACUGAGACUACAGUAGCUUCAACAGAAACGACAACUGAGGCUACAACAACAACCGACAGUGAAACGGAAUCGACAACCUCAACAUCGACUGAUACAACGACAACUACUGAAACUGAGACUACUGUAGCUUCAACAGCAACGACAACUGAGGCUACAACAACAACCGACAGUGAAACGGAAUCCACAACCUCUACAUCGACUGACACAACGACAACUACUGAAACUGAGACUACAGUAGCUUCAACAGCAACGACAACUGAGGCUACAACAACAACCGACAGUGAAACGGAAUCGACAACCUCUACAUCGACUGAUACAACGACAACUACUGAAACUGAGCCUACUGCAGCUUCAACGGCAACGACAACUGAGACUGCAACAUCCACCGACAGUGAAACUGAAUUGACAACCUCUGCAUCGACUGAGGCAGCAACUGAUACGACAAAUGCGGAAACUGAGACUACAGUAGCUUCAACAGCAACGACAACUGAGGCUACAACAUCAACCGAUAGUGAAACGGAAUCGACAACCUCUGCAUCGACUGAUACAACGACAACUACUGAAACUGAGACUACAGUAGCUUCAACAGAAACGACAACUGAGGCUACAACAACAACCGACAGUGAAACGGAAUCGACAACCUCUACAUCGACUGAUACAACGACAACUACUGAAACUGAGACUACUGCAGCUUCAACUGCAACGACAACUGAGGCUACAACAACAACCGACAGUGAAACGGAAUCGACAACCUCUACAUCGACUGAUACAACGACAACUACUGAAACUGAGACUACUGCAGCUUCAACUGCAACGACAACUGAGAUUACAACAUCAACCGACAGUGAAACUGAAUCGACAACCUCUGCAUCGACUGAAGCAGCAACUGAUACAACGACAAAUACUGAAACUGAGACGACAGUAGCUUCAACAUCAACGGACAGUGAAACUGAAUCUACAACGGUUGUGUCGACCGAGACAGCAACUGAUGCAACGAUAAAUGGUCAAACUGAUAUUCCUGAACUUCCAACGUUCCCAUAUGAUCCAAUCAUCCGUAAGGAGGAACGACAGUAUUACAACAAUCCUCGUCGCGGACGUUCACCUGUCAAAUACUGUGUUGGUAAUCAAUACUAUGAUACUCAUGAAGGUCGUUGUUUAAUAGUACCCGGAGGCGGGAGAGUCAUAAAGAUCGAGAUUCGGGAAACAUCCAUUUGGAAAAUAUCAGCAAUGGCUGAAUCCAGUCCACGAUCAUAUGUUUCCUAUAGAUUCCGGAGAGUAAUUCAUGCAGAGUGUACUAAUAAACAAGUGUUUUCUGAUAAAUUAAAGCGUUGCACAGGAUUACCACAUCAAAGUACAAGUCAUCUCACAUUAAUAAUCAAUGGAGGUAAAACUGGUCACUCUAAGGGUCAUCUUACAAGUAGAACGAGAACCGAGACAAUAUUGUUGCAGCAGGGACCUAAUAGAGAGGUUAUUACAAGUGGUAGAACUGGUGAGGUUGUUCUAAGUGGAGAAAUUAGUAAGAUUAUUGCAAGGGAAGGAAAUAGUAAGAUUGUUGCAAGGGAUGUAACUAGUCGGGGUGUUCGAAGAGGAAGAACUAGUAAGGUUAUUGCAAGGGAAGGAACUAGUGAGGUUUUGGAAAGAGAAGGAGCUAGCAGGAUUGUUGGAGGGGAAGGAACUGGUGAGAUUGUUGGGAGAGGAGAAACGGGGACGAUUGUUGAAAGGGAAGGAGGUGGUGAUGUUGUUCUAAAUGGGGCAAUUAGUAAGGUUAUUGCAAGGGAAGGAGCUAGUGAGAUUCUUGCAAGGGAAGUAACUAGUAGGGGUGUUCGAAGAGGAAGAACUAGUAAGACUAUCGCAAAGGAAGGAACUAGUGAGGUUUUGCAAAGAGAAGGAGCUAGCAGGAUUGUUGGAGGGGAAGGAACUGGUGAGAUUGUUGGGAGAGGAGAAACUGGGAAGAUUGUUGAAAGGGAAGGAGGUAGUGAUGUUGUUCUAAAUGGAGCAAUUAGUAAGGUUAUUGCAAGGGAAGGAGCUAGGGAGGUUCUUGCAAAGGAAGUAACUAGUAGGGGUGUUCGAAGAGGACGAACUAGUAAGAUUAUUGCAAGGGAAGGAACUAGUGAGGUUUUGCAAAGAGAAGGAGCUAGCAGGAUUGUUGGAGGGGAAGGAACUGGUGAGAUUGUUGGGAGAGGAGAAACUGGGAAGAUUGUUGAAAGGGAAGGAGGUAGUGAUGUUGUUCUAAAUGGAGCAAUUAGUAAGGUUAUUGCAAGGGAAGGAGCUAGGGAGGUUCCUGCAAGGGAAGUAACUAGUAGGGGUGUUCGAAGAGGAAGAACUCGUAAGAUUAUUGCAAGGGAAGGAACUAGUGAGAUUUUGGAAAGAGAAGGAGCUAGCAGGAUUGUUGGAGGGGAAGGAAGGAGUGAGAUUGUUGGGAGAGGAGGAACUAGUAAGAUUGUGUUAACGGAAGAAACUAGUGAGGUUCUCGGAAGAAGAAGACCUAGGAGGGCUGUUAGAAGGGAAGGAACUAGUAGGGUUGUUAGAAGAGGAGGAACUAGGAAGUUUGUUGCAAGGGACGGAUCUCGUGAGAGUAUUGGCAGAGAAAGAAUGAGCGAAAUUGUUGGAAGGGACGGAAUUACUCGGAUUGUUGCAAGGGAAGAAGCUAGUAGAGUUAUUGGACGAGAAGGAACUAGGGAGGUUGCAAGGGAAGGAUCUCGUCAGAUUAUUGGAAGAGAAAGAACAAGUGAAUUUGUUGGAAAGGACGGAAUUACUCGGAUUGUUGCGAGGGAAGAAGCUAAUAGAGCUAUUGGACGAGAAGGAACUAGUGAUGUUGGAGGAGAAAAAACCAGCAAACAUGUUGUGAAGGAAGGAACCCGUAGGGUUGUUACAAGGAAAAGAGUUAGUCAUGGUGGUACAGAUGGAGGACAUCGUCAGACCCCACCAUUAUGGAGCAUACUAUCUGGAAAUGUGGCACGUGUCAAUGAGACAACUUUCAAGACCACCCUUUGCAUCAUCUGCAUCGAAUGCUAUACUUGGCAUUUCUUAAAUAACUGCGAAGCAGAUGUCAGUGCCAGGAUGCAACUAAUAAUCCUUCUGAUUUUAAUCCACUCAGUGAGCCAGGGGCUUACGGAUGCUGACGUAACAAAAUCUGAGACGCGCAAAUUCGUGACUACGACAAGGGAAACCGUACAGACCAUAAAUGGAACGACAACUCAGUCCAAGACAUCGGUCAAUGAAACUGAAACGAUUGACGGAACUGGUGGAACGAAAAAUCGGAGAACGAUAUCAUCAACUAAUAUAUCCCAGAGUAUAACACCUGCAAAUGAAACGGAAAAGAAAACAGAGAAGUCAGUGACUACGAAGAUGGAAACUGCGAAGAAUGUAAAUAAAACGAUAGUUGACACUAACACAUCGGUGAAUGAGACUGACACAGUUAAAGGUAAAAAUGAAAUGAACAAUGAGACCACGUCAUCAUCAACUAAUAAAUCUGGCGCUGUAACAGCUGCGAAUGGAACGAAAAUUGAGACAGAGAAAUCAGUUACCACGAAAAAGGAAACUGUGAAGAGUGUAAAUGAAACGACAACUGACACUAAGAAGUCUGUCAAUGAAACUGAUACAGUUAAAGGGACAAAUGGGACAACAUCAUCAACUGAUAAAUCCAAGUCUACGACGCCUGCAAAUGAAACGAAAAUUGAAACAGAGCAAUCAGUUACCACGAAAAAAGAAACUGUAAAGAGUGUGAAUGAAACGACAAUUGACACUAAGACAUCGGUCAAUGAAACUGACACAGUUAAAGGGACAAAUGGAACGACAAAUGGGACAUCAUCAAGUAAUAAAUCUAAGUCUACGACGCCUGCCAAUGAAACGAAAAUUGAAACAGAGAAAUCAGCUACGACAAAAAAGGAAACUGUGAAGAGUGUAAAUGAAACGACAAUUGACACUAAGAAAUCUGUCAAUGAAACUGAUACAGUUAAAGGUACAAGUGGAACCACAAAUGGGACAACAUCAUCAACUAAUAAAUCUAAGUCUACGACACCUGCAAACGAAACGAAAACUGAAACAGUGCAAUCAGUUACCACGAAAAAAGAAAGUGUAAAGAGUGUAAAUGAAACGACUAUUGAUACUAAGACAUCGGUCAAUGAAACUGACACAGUUAAAGGGACAAAUGGAACGACAAAUGGGACAUCAUCAAGUAAUAAAUCUAAAUCUACGACGCCUGCCAAUGAAACGAAAAUUGAAACAGAGAAAUCAGUUACCACGAAAAAGGAAACUGUGAAGAGUGUAAAUGAAACUACUAUUGACACUAAGAAAUCAGCCAAUGAAACUGACACAGUUAAAGGGACAAAUGGAACAACAUCUUCAACCAAUAAAUCCAAGUCUACGACACCUACAAAUGAAACGAAAAUUGAAAAAGAGCAAUCAAUUAGCACGAAAAAGGAAACUAUGAAGAGUGUAAAUGAAACUACUAUUGACACUAAGAAGUCUGUCAAUGAAACUGAUACAGUUAAAGGGACAAAUGGAACGACAAAUGGCACAAUAUCAUCAAGUAAUAAAUCUAAAUCUACGACACCUGCCAAUGAAACGAAAAUUGAAACAGAGAAAUCAGUUACCACGAAAAAGGAAACUGUGAAAAGUGUAAAUGAAACGACAAUUGGGACUAAGAAAUCUGUCAAUGAAACUGAUACAGUUAAAGGUACAAGUGGAACCACCAAUGGGACAUCAUCAACUAAUAAACCUAAGCCUACGACACCUGCAAAUGAAACAAAAGUUGAAACAGAGAAAUCAAUUACCACAAAAAAGGAAACUGUGAAGACUGUGAAUGAAACGACAAUUGACACUAAGAAAUCAGUCAAUGAAACUGACACGAUUAAAGGGACAAGUGGAACAACAAAUGGGACAACAUCAUCAACCAAUAAAUCUAAGUCUACGACACCGACAACUGAAACGAAAGUUGAUACAGAGCAAUCAGUUACCACAAAAAAAGAAACUGUAAAGAGUGUGAAUGAAACGACAAUUGACACUAAGACAUCGGUCAAUGAAACUGACACAGUUAAAGGGACAAAUGGGACAUCAUCAAGUAAUAAAUCUAAGUCUACGACACCUGCCAAUGAAACGAAAAUUGAAACAGAGAAAUCAAUUACCACAAAAAAGGAAACUCUGAAGACUGUGAAUGAAACAACAAUUGACACUAAGAAAUCAGUCAAUGAAACUGACACGAUUAAAAGUACCAAUGGAACAAAAAAUGAGACAAUGACCGUAUCAACUAAUAAAUCUCAGACUAAACCAUCUGAAAAUCAAACGCAAAUUAAAGCGGAGAAGUUUGUCACUACGGAAGAAAAAACUAUCCACAUUGUCAAUGAAUCAACAGCUGCUCCUAGCACAUCUGUCAUUGAAAAUGCCACAGAUAAACGAACAAAUAAAAAAAAAAAUGAGACAGUGACAUCACCGACUAAUAAAUCUCAGACAGCAAAUGAAGCAAAACUGGAGACUAAAAAAUCAUCAUUCGUUGAUGAAACCGACACAGCUCAACCCACGAAAGAGAUAACUGAAACAACGGAAUUAUCCAAUAAUGAAUCUCAGACUGAACCAUCCACAAGCCAAAUGCAAAUUGAAAAUAAAUCAUUCGAUAAUGAAACAAAGACUGCGAAGAUUGUCGAUGAAAUAGCAAUUGAAACAAACCCGUCAAUAACUGGAACUGGCCCAGCCAGCAAUACGGAUGAAACUUCGAAUGAGACUCCAGAAUCAUACACUAAUAUAUCUCAGGAUAUACCACUUGCAAAUGAAGGGGAAAUUGAGACGAAAAACCCAGUCGUUAAUAAAAGAAUUAUUAUAAAAAUAUUGACGCAUGGAGUUGAUGUAGUAGUCAACAAUAUGGAUGUCAUUUUAGAGCAGACAUCAGAAUCUCCAACUAAUCCACCUCAAAUUAUCCCACCUGUACAGGAAACGGAAAUUGCGACGAAAAAACCAGUCGCUAAUGAAAGAAAUAUUGUGCGUACGAUGCUAAUUGAGAGAAAAAUAUCAACAAAUGGAACUGCCUCAGUCAACAAUAGAGAUGAAAUUGUAACUGAACCUCCACAAUUAUUAACUAAUCCAUCUAUGAAUGUCCCGACAUUAAGUACAAAAAAACCCGUCCUCAUUCCAAUAAAACGCCCAAAAAACGUGCAGAAAACGCCAAAAGUGUUGACCAGUGAAACUGACGCAGACAAUGGUACGAUUAAAAGGAGAAAUAAGACACGGACAAUAACAACUGAUGAAUUUCGGUCUCCAACACUUGUAAAUAAACCGAAGAUUGCGGCAAGAAACUCAAUGACUGGUCAAAGAAGGAGAAUAAAACUUGGUCCUAGCAAGCAGAAUGAUCCUGAAGAAAUAAUCCAGGAAACCCAUACACGAGCACCAACAUUUCUGAAUAAUAAAAUGGAAACAAUGACGUCAUCAAAUGAUGGACCUCAAAUUAUUGUAGAUCUAAGUGAAAGGGAACAAUCUCUCGCUAAUCAACCGGAAAUUGGGAAACCCUUGAAACCUUUGGUUGAUUUGAAUGUAGAAGAAGACUCGAACGAAGCAAAAACUGGAUCAACACCACUGAGAUAUCCUGGAUCCCUGAAAAGUCAUUCUCAAGCCAUCACAGAAGAUCGAAGCCACCAGCACAACAAUCCUGAUCCUGGUCGUUCACUAAUCGGACGCUGCCUUCACCAGCAAUACUAUGACAAUGGCGAUGGUCGUUGCCUAAUGGUGCCCGGUGGUGGUACCGUUAGACGCAUUAAAACCAAUCAAACAUGCAGCGAAAAAGGUCCAAGGGUCAGUUCAUUGAAUAAAAAAAGGUACUCGAUCUGCACAUUAUCAAAAAUUAUAUACGCAGAGUGCCCCAAGAACAAGAUUUUUUCGAAUAGAUUGAGGAGAUGUAUCUUGAGUAAUCAUUCACUCGAAGAUAAAUCUCAGAUCUCAAAUCCUAGGAGUAGAGCCUGUCAUGGAAAAUUGAGAGAAUUUAAAGUGUCUGAGAAUCGGACUAUUUAUUACACCUGCAGUCCUAAUCGCUUCAGAAUUUUCAAGGAAAUUUUUCCACGUACUGAUGGUUCUGUUGCUACUUCUGUACAACAGAUGUGCCGUAGGUGUUCAACAAAUAAUUUUGAGAAAUUGUAAACAUUAACCGUAACUGCCAUCAUGACAACAAUAGAAUUAUGUACUAUGUGAGCUCUGUGUACAUCGCGAGAAUAAAUUUGAUGGAUCAAGAGAUUUUUAUUUGAACGUAUCAUCAUUUGUUUGUUAAUUUGCAAAUAAAUAUAUUUCUGUAGUGAAUAUCAA